GAAGUGGCAGCAGCAAGCACCACGGAGAGGGACACGACUCCUCUCCCUCCCUCCCUCACCAUGCCUUCCCCUUCCUCGGCCCACUGGCUGAGCCUCGUCGGGAGCAUCUGGCUGCAGACCAUCAACGGGCCCAACGCGGACUUCCCCGUCUACUCGUCGCAGCUCAAGGACCUGAAGCACAUCACGCAGGUGCAGCUCAACUUCCUGGCCUUCGCGUCCGACGCGGGCAAGCUCUUCGGCUGGUUCUCCGGGGUGGCGGCGCUGCACCUGCCGCUGUGGCUCGUGGCCUUGGUCGGCGCAUCCUUCGGCCUCGUCGGCUACGGGGUCCAGUACCUCUUCCUCGACAGCGCCGCCCUCCGCUACUGGCACCUGUUCCUGCUCACCUCCCUGGCCGGGAACGGCAUCUGCUGGAUCAACACCGUCUGCUACCUCCUCUGCAUCCGCAACUUCGGCAGCAGCCGCAGCCGCGUCGCCGUGAGCCUCGCCGCCAGCUACCUCGGCCUCAGCGCCAAGGUCUACACCAGCCUGGCGGACUCCAUACCCGGCCACCAGGCCACCUCCAAGGCCAAGACCUACCUCCUCCUCAAUGCCGUCGUGCCCAUGCUCGUCACCGUCGCGGUGGCGCCGUCGCUCAGGGCGGUGGACCUCACGGUCACGGGCGAGGGCCAGGCGGGGGCCAGCACGGACGCGGCAUUCCUCGUCAUGUUCGCCAUCACGCUCGCCACGGGGGCCUGCGCCGUGGUUGGCAGCAUCGGCUCCUCCACGUCCGGCGGCGGGCUGUCGUCGAGGGAGCACGUGGUCAGCCUCGCCGUGCUGCUGGCCACCCCCGUGCUCAUCCCGCUGGCGCUCAGGGUCCGGGAGAGCCUGGACAGGAUACGGGAGACCAAGCGGGAGAACAGGAUCUACGACCUCGGCACCGACGACGAUGGCGUCGUCGUCGACGUGGCCGCCACCGCCGAGAGCAAGGACGGAGACGGCGGCGUCACGGAGAAACCGCAGGAGGAGGUCGACGGCCUCCGGCUGCUGAGGAAGCUCGACUUCUGGCUCUACUUCUUCAGCUACAUGUUCAGUGGCACCCUGGGCCUGGUGUUCUUGAACAACCUGGGACAGAUAGCCGAGUCGCGGCGGCUCGGCCAGACUUCCACGCUCGUCUCGCUGUCGUCUUCGUUUGGAUUCUUCGGCCGCCUGCUCCCGUCCUUCUUGGACUACUACUCCGCGAAGAGCGGCUACUCCAUCUCAAGGACGGGAUCCAUGGCGUCGCUGAUGGCGCCCAUGUCCGGCGCCUUCCUCCUGCUCCUCAACCGGAGCCACUUCAUCCUGUACCUGAGCACGGCCGUGAUCGGCACGUGCACGGGCGCCAUCACGUCGGUGGCCGUGUCGGCGACGAGCGAGCUGUUCGGGGCCAAGAACUUCGGCGUGAACCACAACGUGGUGGUGAGCAACAUCCCCGUGGGCUCCCUCUGCUUCGGCUACUCCGCCGCCUACCUCUACCAGCGCGGGGCGCGGGGCGGCGGCCACCACUGCGUCGGCGCCGCCUGCUACCGGGAGACGUUCGUCGUGUGGGGCGCCACGUGCGCCGUCGGCACGCUGCUCUGCGCCGUCCUCUACGCGCGGUCGCGCCGGGAGGCUACCGGGACCGGCGGCGGAUGAUGGACAAGUAAGGACGUCACGUCUCGCCCGCUUAGCUAAUUGCCUGCCGUCAUCGAGGUACGGUAGGUGGUACUAGCUAGCUUAGCACGCAGGCUAGCUCCAGAAGUUUGUCAUCUGAGGGCCGGCCUGCGAUUAAUCGGUCAUACACCCAUGACCCAUCAAUCGGCCAAGCAUCAUCUGCCUGUAGGCGAUGUGUAACUUUUGAUCCUUGUUUUUUUUUUUCACUCUUCGAGUUUCUCUUGACUGAUCCCGGUGGAAGGGGGUACAGAAAAAAAAAAUCCUUGGUGGAGGCUCAUCAUGACAUGAGUAGAUAUUGUGCAGCAGGUUAGCCACCUUUUUAAUUUGUUAUUAGUGCAUAUAUAUGCAAUAUAUAUGGGUGGUACAUGCACUUAAACUCA